GUGAGCUUGACAUGCAAACACCGGGCACAGAGUUUAACCAUCAAAGCGGUCACAACUACUCAGUAGACAUGGUGGACACCCAGCAGCUCCUGGCUUGGCCCGUCGGGUUCAGUCUGAACGCCGUGGAGCUGUCGGAGCUGGACGUCAGCUCCCACUCCCUCGACAUGAAGCAUUUGUCCACAUUAGACUACGCCUCCAUCUCCUCCUCCUCCUCCAUCCAGUCCUCCCUGUCUCCCCCGCUUGUAUCCUCCAUCUACUCGGCCGGUGUGGCCUAUCACCUCAGUCCGUCGCACAAUGAAGAGCAACUGACCAACAUGGACUACACAAACAUGCACAGCUACAGAACGGAGCCAGACAAGCACAAUUUGAUCAAGCUGGAGCCGGAUUCACCUCCACAGUACUCUGACAAUCCCGUGUUCUCCAAGCUCCAGGACGAUACGUCGCCAGCAGCGCUAAACAUUGAGUGCCGUGUGUGUGGAGACAAAGCUUCAGGGUUUCACUAUGGCGUCCAUGCCUGUGAGGGCUGUAAGGGUUUCUUCAGACGCACAAUCAGGUUAAAGUUGGUGUAUGACCACUGUGAUCUUCACUGUCGCAUUCACAAGAAGUCCCGCAACAAAUGCCAAUACUGUCGCUUCCAGAAGUGCCUCAACGUCGGCAUGUCUCACAACGCCAUUCGUUUUGGCCGAAUGCCCCAGGCGGAAAAGGAGAAACUGCUGGCUGAGUUCUCAUCGGACGUGGUGCACAUGCACCCGGAGGCAGCAGAUCUGAGGGCUCUGGCCCGGCAUCUGUAUGAGGCCUAUCUGAAAUACUUCCCCCUCACCAAGGUCAAGGCCAGGGCCAUUCUUUCUGGAAAGACUGGAGACAACGUGCCUUUUGUCAUCCAUGACAUGAAGUCACUCAUGGAAGGAGAGCAGUUUAUUAAUUGUAAGCAGAUACCCAACCAGGAGCAACAGCAUCAGUCAUACGCCCUAACAGCAGGACAUGGAGGAAUCAUAGGAGCUCACCAGGAGUCAGAGUAUAGCUUUUUGGGAAUGGGAAUGAGCAUCAGCGGACAGGCUCCAGCGUACGCUUUGGAGCUGCGUUUCUUCCACAGCUGUCAAUCACGUUCGGCCGAAGCAGUGAGAGAAGUGACGGAGUUCGCCAAGAGUAUCCCAGGAUUCAUCGAUCUGGAUCUCAAUGAUCAGGUGACUUUGCUGAAGUACGGUGUGAUCGAGGUCCUGAUCAUCAUGAUGGCGCCUCUGAUGAACAAAGACGGGACCCUGAUCUCCUACGGACAGAUCUUCAUGACGCGGGAGUUCCUCAAGAGUCUCAGGAAACCUUUCAGUCAAAUGAUGGAACCAAAGUUUGAGUUCUCAGUCAAAUUCAACACGCUGGAGCUGAACGACAGCGACAUGGCUCUGUUUCUGGCUGUCAUCAUCCUCAGCGGGGACCGCCCAGGCCUGCUGAACGUGAAGCCCAUCGAGCAGCUUCAGGAGACGGUGCUGCAUUCACUCGAGCUGCAGCUGAAGCUCAACCACCCGGACUCUCUGCAACUGUUCGCCAAGCUGCUCCAGAAAAUGACCGACCUGCGUCAGAUCGUCACCGACCACGUCCACCUCAUCCAGCUGCUGAAGAAGACAGAGGUGGACAUGUGCUUACACCCGCUACUGCAGGAGAUCAUGAAGGACUUGUAUUAGAAAUCAUCAGGAGAAAAAGAACAAGUAGAGAAAGGGGAAUAAAAGAGAGAAUAAAGAGAUUGUAUUAUUAAAACCAUGACAUGUG